AUGUAUCAUGAUCUAAAUACCUUGAGCACAUGGUUUGACCAAUCGCAGAUUUGAAUAUUUAUGAUUCAUGGGUGAACUUCGCAAGAUUUACAGAGCACUUUCCUGAUAAUAGAAAAGUGUAGGCUAGUAGAGGCUAUUCUAGCCUAUAUAUGGAUACCUAUGUAUACAGUUCUUGGCAUUACUGGGAAAUGAAAAGAACCUUCUAUUGAUACACAUCGUUAACUUUCUGGGAGAACAGUAGAGAUGAUAUACUGAAUAUGAAAAUAUACUCAAAGUAAAAUAUUCAGUGAUACUUUACGUAUUUCACUUACUUAAGUACUUUUGAUGAGAAUAAGGAGAGUACGUACGAAACAAUGAUCAAUACAAUUUUAGAAAUGUACUUAUGUGACAACUUAGUUUAAGUACUUAAAUGCAUAUGAAAAACGUAAUACUCUAAAUACCUACCUAUUUUAUACUGAAAAUAAUGUGUAUCUGCUACUUAUACUGUUUCUAAGUACUUGUAAAAUACACAAGUACAUUCGUACCUACUAAGUAUAUUUUAAAUAUUGAAUACUUAAUACUUUAAGUAAGUACCUACCUCACCUACCUACAUUUGCUGAGUACUUUAGCUUCUUUGUAUAACAAACAGCUGAAAAUACAUAACAUAACUCUAACCUCAUUCUGGUUUUUCAAUACCUACUUAUUAUUUUUGUUUGUUUCUGCUGAAAAAAAUUAAAUUGUGAAUUUAAAAUUAUUCAAUUACUUAAAAAUAAACUGAUAAGUUCUUAUCAAAUUUAACUAACACGUGUGAAAGGAAGUUCAUCCGUUUCACAGAGUAUUCUUAUCAAAAAGUGGGUGUUUUAUAUAGGAUGAUCUAAAAAUUAUAAAGCAGAUUUUACCGGAAAUUACAUACCUACCUCACCCUGUAUACUAAAGUGCAGUGAAAGAAUUUUUACACAUUCAAUUGAUAAGACUGCAACAAGAGUGAUAUGAAUAAUUUAGAGAAGGAAAGUGAUAACUUAUUGGAUUCAACCUUAGCCGAACCGAAAACCAGCAUGUUACCUAGCUUCACUUUCAGUCAGUGCCGGCCAAUUUCCAAACAUUCCGACAUUGAAGAUUGUUUAACCAAUCCACCAGAGUGGGUAAAUAGAGUGAUUCCUUUGAAAAAACGUUCCGGCUAUGUUAUUAGGAACGCUGUUUCUGAUUGUCACAUGAGCGAAGACCGUUUCUAUGCCAGACCUCGGUUGGAUCGUCGAACAGUACCUAAAACUUUGGUUUGUCACGAUUAUAAAGGAGGAUAUCUUUCAGACUCAUAUAUUCCGUUUGAAGGUGCCGAAGAUAAUACUCUAGCGACAGAUGGCUAUACUUUCUACAAUUGGUCACAAAUUGAUUAUUUUGUAUACUUCAGCCAUCAUUUCCUAACCAUUCCACCUUUGGCUUGGGUGAAUGCUGGUCAUAAAAAUGGAGUAAAAGUUUUAGGUACAAUAAUUACAGAAAACUCUGACGGCGUUCAAAUAUGCAACGAACAAAUAUUUAAAACGCUGGAUCAAAUGAGAGAAUUUGUCUACCAGCUGACGGAGAUUCAAAAAACUUUUGGUUUUGAUGGUUGGCUUUUGAAUAUCGAAAACCCCGUCAAUAAUGCUUAUAUUUUAAAGGAAUUUGUUGCACUGUUAACACAGCAAACGCAUCGUCAUGAUAGUGAAAGUGUAGUUAUUUGGUAUGAUAGUGUUACUAAAGACGGUUUACUUAGGUGGCAAGAUCAAUUGAAUGAUCAAAACAGAUGCUUUUUUGACAGUUGUGAUGGAAUAUUUCUCAACUAUGGUUGGAAUGAAGAAAAAUUGAUCAAUACUGUAGCAAUGGCAGGAACUAGAAGAUUUGAUGUUUUUGUAGGAGUUGAUGUAUUUGGUCGUGGUGUCUUUGGUGGUGGACAAUUUAAUACUUACAAAGCUGUAGAAUUGAUAUCAAAACACAAUUUGUCGAUGGCAAUUUUUGCUCCAGGAUGGACUCAUGAAACAAUGGCAAAAGUCUCAUCUGAAUCUACUUUUCGUAAAUUUUUAAAUAGGGACGAUGCCUUUUGGGCCAGCCUUUGGCCUUUCCUUUACACUCAUCCUGUUAAUGAUUUUUUUGAGACAGAUUUUCAUGUUGGAUUAGAUUCUAAUUACUACAAUCUCUAUAUCCAAAAACAACAAACUACUAAUUUAUUGAAUCCUGAAAACCCAAACGCCAUAAGCGAUUAUUCUAUAGUGCAGAAAAACACUGGCAAGUGCCUCUCGAGAGGAUUUUUUGAUGCCAAAAAUAUUUGUAUUAUUUCAAAUGAUAAUUUAGAAAAGCCCAGUUCCACUUUUGUACAUAAUCUAUUUGCCUGUGAUAUUAAAUUAAAUGGAAAAAUUGGAGUAUAUUUUAUGACCAAAAAGGCACAUAUUGGGGAUAAAGCUGUUUUAAAUGUAACUUUACUUACAUGUUUGAGGAGUGGUGCUAUGAAAGAGAUUAAAUUACUAAGUGAACAAAGACUUUUAGCUACAGAAAACUUGGGGAUCUUGGAAGUAUAUUUACUCAGAGAUGAAGACGUGAAAUACAACUAUACUUUGAACUAUAUUGCCAGAAAACGCAUGAAGAUUUUGAACAAACCUGAGAUUUCAGGCUCUAUUGUUUUAAGUAUGUUUGAAUUUUUAACUACCCCAUGCGAUUUAUUGGAAAUAGGAGCCACUGUUCGUAAUGGAUCUUCGAUUUCUUUGUUAGAAUUCGGCAUUAUACAAUUAUUUUAGGUUUAUUUUUGUUUCAAAUAUUUUAUGUAUAAACCUACAACGAAAACAAAUAUGGGUGUAAAGGCCUUUAUAUAUAAUAAACUCCUAAAUUGAAAUAUUUAAAUAAAAUUUAUACAAUAAAAAAAUGAUAAUUUCUAUGAUGGAAAACUAAAACUUCUGCCUUGCUCUCUAUAGGAAUCUGAUGGUGAAUUUCGGUAAGUUUCUUGCCGUGAUCUGCUAUUAUAAUGUGGUUGAUUAUUCUGAUAAAAUGAUCUUCCUCUUUGGUUGUAUCUUCUUCGAUUGCCUGAAAUUUGCAUGAGAAAUCAUUUAUUAAUUAGAUUACAAUGAAAUGUUAAUCACCUUUUCUAAAAGUAACUGCCAAACUCUUGCACAACAUCCCUAAUCCCUUGUUGCCACCUGUUAUACAAAUUAGUAGGAUUAAAAGCGCCUAGCUGAUGAGUGUAGCUGCCUAAAUGAGGAUUAGAAACAACGAGGUAUUGACCAGGACCCAAGUGACCUGAAACAAUUAGGUUUUUUGUUAAUAUAUGGGAUUAUGAUUGGUUUAGUACUAAAAUACACUCAAAACUCUAACCCUUGUUGGUAUAAGGAUCUGUAAUAGGGUCCAGUUCUUCAUUAACCGGUUUAAUUUCGUCACUGUAAAUUAUAUCGUCGGGAUCUAUGGUUGUCGUAGUAAAUGGGGCGGUAGUUGCUACCCCUACAGAUGGAGGAGUCGUUGCCGGAUUGAAAAUUGGCGGUGGCCGGUUGAAAUUGUUUACAGAACUGCUGGAGCCUUGAAAAAGUGGAGCAAAGGUAACUGGUCCUGUGUUGGCUUAAUAUUGAGUGUAAAAAUAUUUAUUUUAGUGUAAUGAUUUUGUUGUCUGAUUGUAUUUUCAUGUAUAAGUAAAAGGUAGGGUACCUCCUGGAUUAAAUUGAGGUAGUUGAGGCCAUUGAAAGUCGCUAAAACUGGGCAAAAUCGAUUGGAAACUUUGACCAAUCGCUGGUAUGGUGCCAAUGAAACUUUGAAGGCCAUCGGACAAACCUAAAGCAAAUUGCUGAGGCGAUGGAAAUAUUCCUGCAAAUGGUCCUGUAUUGCCACCUAUGUUUAUAGAUUGGAUAUAAUCUGAUUCAAAAUAUUGUGAAGUGUUUUUGAUUUUACCUUCUCCUGCUUCAGAAGCAGCUUGACUAAAAGCUCCUCCUUGAAAUGGCCUGUUGGGUUUGUUCGGUUUGUUGUUGCCUCCAUUGAAAAAACCUCCAAACAAUCCAUUGCCGUUUCCACUGAAUUGACCCGACCCGCUUCCUGAAAAUAUGCAUUUGUAAGUCUGUUUUUAUACUUUUUGGAAAUAUUACCUGGUUUUGGAGGCUUGGGAAGCGGCCUGUGCCCUCCACCUCCUAAAAUACAAAGUAGAAAAUACUAAACUAAUUUAACAUGGAAAAAUUUCAAAAUCUUUACCAUGUGGUGGUUUGUGUCCAGCUUGAGCACCACCAUGAUGUUGAUGUAUCUCAUGUACUGGAGCAGGUUGAACUGGAUAUUGGGGAUGGUAGCUGCCCUGUUGACCACAAUCUAUAUUAAGCUGAUUGUUAUAUUCUACAUUGAAGUAUUGAAAAUCAAAGAAAGUCCUGCCAGAGCCUUCGUUUUUUGGUCUACCGCCAAAGUUGCAGGGGCUUGAACCUUGAUUGCCUGCAAAAAAAGGUUUAUAGUAACAAAAACGCAGUAGGCAUACAAAAUACCUCCUUGGUAACCGGGUCGUUUUCUUUUACCCAAAUGUCUUUCCUCGUCGGUUAAGUCAUUUCCUAAAAAUUUGCUAUUUUCUCCAUACCCGUGAGACAAAUAUUGUGUGAGAAUAACACUCCAUGCUACGCAAUGAGCUAUCUACAAAAUAAACCUUGAUAAUAAAACAAAACAAUAGUUAUUAUGUCGUCCAAUUAUUUAUGAUAUGGCUAAUUCCCUUAUUUUGGCACGCACAUUUUGUAUAAUUUUGUAAUUAAAACUACAACCACAGAUGAAUGGCAAUGAAUAAUUUAAAGGUGUCCUAUUUGGUAUUAGACAGGUGCCACGGCUAAAUCAAUUUUCAUUUCUUUUGUAUUGUUGAGUUUAAUGCGGAAAUUUGCUUCAGUACCUCUUUAAAUUAAGACAGUAGGUACCUUAUCAUUUGGACUUGGCCUUAUUUGUUUUAUGUCUUCC